AAAGUCAUCAUUCAGUUGUGUAUGAUAUACCGAAUGUGAUUUUUAUUUCGUUCAAUUCUUCUUGACACAGUACUUCGACAUGCUUCGUUAUCUGUUAGUUCAUAAGUUCAUGAGACAUAUGCGUUUAUAUUAAGUGAAGUUACAUCGAACUAGAUAGUCGUUUUCAUUAUGUUAAGUGUGGUAGUUUUGCUUGGAUUCCUUGGAGUAUGUUCAGCUCAUCUAUGUUUAUUAGAUCCUCAUCAGAGAGGCAGUAUGGCUGAUCCUCUGACUCCUGCUAAUCCUGAUUGUCAUCUAAGAACAGCACCUUGUGGUGGCAGGAAUGCAGAAACAAAGCCUUCUGCAAGCUACCAGAAAGGUACCAAUAUUGCUGUUACAUGGCAGAAAAAUUUCAGUCACUAUAAUGCGAAGACCCCCGGGAUUAUGGAAGUGUCAUUGAUAAGAGACGCCAUACCUUUAGAGGUUAUUCAAACAGUCAAGGUGAACGAUGACCACUUCAAUAAACAACAGAACUACACAAGAAAUCUGAUGAUUCCAGACAGCUAUCAUGGUCAUCAUGGAAUUGUACAAGUUGUUUACAAAACAAAUUCCUUAGAUGCAACUGGCACUCUAUAUACAUUUUAUUCCUGUGCUGAUAUUACUAUCACGUAACAAUAUAUCUAUUAAUUGGUUCUAAAUAAAAAAAAAAA